GGAGCGGAGACCGUUGAGACUCGGUACAGAGAUGAGGACACUGAAGCACAGAGAGAGUAACAAACCACCAGUAAGUAGAAGAGCCAGGAUUCAGAUCCAGAACAGGCUGACUCCAGAGUUCCUCUCUGUGCCAGCUGUCAUGUGAUCCCAUCAACAAUUGCCUGAGCUCUGCCUUCUCCAAGUAUAGCUCUUCUCCAAAUGAAGAGCCAGGAAGAGGCGGAGGUGACAGGAAUUGAACUUCUUAAAGUCAUGUCCCCGGGUUUGGUGACUUUCAGAGAUGUGGCCAUAGACUUCUCCCAAGAUGAGUGGGAGUGGCUGAAUCUUGCUCAGAGAAGUCUGUACCGGAAGGUGAUGUUGGAAAACUACAGGAAUCUGGUUUCAGUAGGUCUUUGUAUUUCUAAGCCAGAUGUGAUCUCCUUAUUGGAGCAAGAGAAAGAACCCUGGGUGAUGAAAGGAGAGAUCACCGGAGGCCUGUGGCCAGACUUGGAGUAUGUAUGGGUGACUAAGGAAUUAUCUCCAAAGCAGGAUGUUUAUGAAGAAAAAUUACCCCAGGCAAUAAUAAUGGAAACACUUACAAGCUAUGACCUCGAAUAUUCCACUUUAGGGGAAAACUGGAAAUGUCAAGACCUGUCAGAGAGGGAGCCGGUAAGUCAGAGGACCCACUUUAGGCAAGAAAUAAUCACUCGUAUAGAUAACCUUACUGAGAAAAGAGACUACUCUAACAAAUCUGGGACAGUUUUUCAUCUGAAUACAUUAUCUUACAUAAAGCAGGUUUUUCCCAUGGAAAAGAGGAUAUAUAAUUUUGAUUCAGAUAAGAAAAGCUCAAAAACACAUUCAGUUGUAAAAAAACACAAGCAAGUCUAUGGAGAAAAGAAACUUUUAAAAUGUAAUGACUGUGAGAAAAUGUUCAGCAAAAUCUCAACCCUUACUCUUCAUCAAAGAAUUCAUACUGGAGAGAAACCCUAUGAAUGUAUUGAAUGUGGAAAGGCCUUUAGCCAGAGUGCCCACCUUGCUCAACAUCAGAGAAUACACACAGGGGAAAAACCCUUUGAAUGUAUUGAAUGUGGGAAGGCUUUCAGCCAGAAUGCUCAUCUUGUUCAACAUCAGAGAGUUCAUACUGGAGAAAAACCUUAUCAAUGUAAGCAGUGUAAUAAAGCCUUCAGCCAGCUUGCACACCUUGCUCAACAUCAGAGGGUUCACACUGGAGAGAAGCCCUAUGAAUGUAUUGAGUGUGGGAAGGCUUUUGGUGAUUGUUCAUCCCUAGCUCAUCAUCGAAGGAUUCACACUGGGAAAAGACCUUAUGAAUGUAUUGACUGUGGGAAAGCAUUCAGGCAGAACGCUUCUCUGAUACGUCAUCGACGAUACUACCAUACUGGAGAGAAACCCUUUGACUGUGUUGAUUGUGGGAAGGCUUUCACUGAUCACAUAGGACUUAUUCAACAUAAGAGAAUUCAUACUGGAGAGAGACCUUACAAAUGUAAUGUGUGUGGGAAAGCUUUUAGCCAUGGCUCAUCCCUGACAGUACAUCAGAGAGUUCAUACAGGAGAGAAACCUUAUGAAUGUGAUAUCUGUGAGAAAGCUUUUAGCCACCGUGGCUCCCUUACUCUUCAUCAAAGAGUCCAUACUGGAGAGAAACCCUAUGAAUGUAAGGAAUGUGGGAAAGCUUUCCGGCAGAGCACACACCUUGCUCAUCACCAGCGGAUUCAUACUGGAGAGAAACCUUAUGAGUGUAAGGAAUGCAGCAAAACCUUCAGCCAAAAUGCACACCUUGUGCAACAUCAGAAAAUACACACUGGAGAGAAACCUUAUGAAUGUAAGGAAUGUGGUAAGGCCUUCAGUCAGAUUGCACACCUCGUUCAACACCAGCGAGUUCAUAGUGGUGAGAAGCCUUAUGAAUGUAUUGAAUGCGGGAAGGCCUUUAGCGACAGCUCGUAUCUCGUUCAGCAUCAGAGGCUCCACACUGGCAAAAGACCAUAUGAGUGUCUUGAAUGUGGGAAGGCAUUCAGGCAGAAAGCAUCUCUGAUUUGUCAUCAAAGAUGUCAUACUGGUGAGAAACCUUACGAAUGUAGUGUUUGUGCGAAGGCCUUUAGCCAUCGUAAAUCCCUUACUCUCCAUCAGAGAAUUCACACAGGAGAGAAGCCUUACGAGUGUAAGGAGUGUAGCAAAGCUUUCAGCCAGAUUGCCCAUCUUACGCUACAUAAGAGAAUUCAUACUGGAGAAAGGCCCUAUGAAUGUAAAGAAUGUGGGAAAGCCUUCAGGCAGAGUGUGCAUCUUGCUCAUCAUCAGCGAAUUCAUACUGGAGAGUCGUCCUCAAUUGUUCCCUCCUCGCUCCCAUACCACCAAGUCCCAUAGAGCCAUUAUUUUAAAUGGCUCUAGAAUCGAUUCACUUUUUUCCAGCUUAUGUCCCAUCAUCAUAGUCCAUAAAGCGACCAUCUUAAUUUGCUUUCUGCAAUUCUAUAACUGUUGUCCCUCUUGCUUCUCUCAAGUACAUUUUUAACAUUUAGCAGCCUCUUUUAAAAAUAAAAAUGUAUAUU